AUGGAUAUCUGGAGCCACAUGGAAGAUAGAGUUAAGAAGGUAAACACAUUUGUAUUUGAAUACGUGGCAAAUACGAAUGAUCAAAAUAUUACACAGUUACAAGAACAGGACGAUGUCACAAUCAGAUUAGCCGAUAAGGGUGGAGCGAUUGUCAUUCAAGAUACAGAACAAUAUAACAAAGAAUGCAUAAGACAAUUAUCAGAUACAGCUACAUGCAAAAAAUUAAAAAGUGAUCCCACACUUGAAUAUUAUAAGGAACUUAUAUCAUAUUGCGAUAAGGGACUCAAUGAAGGGAUUUUACUAGACAGUGUACACAAAUACAUAGUGGGGACACCAAAACGUUUACCCAUUUUCUAUUGUAUUCCCAAAAUCCACAAAUAUUAUAGUGAACCCCCAGGACGCCCCAUAAUAUCAGGCAUAGGUUCCAUUUCCUCCAAUUUGUCACAAUACAUAGACCAAUUAUUACAACCGCCAGUUAAACAAAUUCCAUCCUAUAUUAAAGACACGACUGAUAUUAUAUCAACAUUAGAGCCAGUGGAUUUUGGUGACUACUGGAUAUUGGUAACUAUGGAUAUGAACUCCCUCUAUACUAUUAUAGAUCACAAUCAAGGCAUGGGAGCCUUAAAGUUACAAUUACAGACCAUUAGCCAGCUACAGUUAAACCCGAUUGACUUUAUAAUAGAAGGAGUCAAAUACAUUUCGACUCAUAACUAUUUUGAGUAUGAGUCAGAUUUCUAUGUCCAGGAAAGGGGUUCUUUACAAAGUGACACUGAAGAGAGGCUUUUCCAUAAGCUCUUCAUGCACUACAACCAGCAUAUAAGGCCAGUUGAAAAUGUGUCUGAUCCUGUUAUGGUGCACUUUGAAGUGGCAAUAACUCAGCUUGUUAAUGUGGAUGAAGUUAAUCAAAUCCUGGAGACCAACUUGUGGCUUCGGCAUAUCUGGAAUGACUAUAAGCUGAAGUGGAAUCCUGUGGAUUAUGAUGGGAUUGAAUUUAUGCGUGUGCCCGCAGACAAGAUUUGGAAACCUGACAUUGUUUUGUAUAAUAAUGCUGUUGGAGACUUUCAGGUUGAAGGGAAAACAAAGGCUUUACUUAAAUACAAUGGUUUGAUAACUUGGUCUCCACCAGCAAUUUUCAAGAGUUCAUGCCCCAUGGAUAUAACGUUUUUUCCAUUUGACCAUCAGAACUGUUCAAUGAAAUUUGGGUCAUGGUCAUAUGAUAAGGCAAAAAUUGAUCUUUCUAUCAUUGGGUCAAAAGUUGACAUGAAAGAUUUUUGGGAGAACAGUGAAUGGGAAAUAAUAGAUGCUGCUGGGUACAAACAUGAUAUCAAAUAUAACUGUUGUGAAGAGAUCUACACAGAUAUAACAUACUCAUUUUACAUCAGAAGACUCCCUAUGUUCUACACCGUGAACUUAAUUAUGCCAUGCCUCUUUAUUUCAUUUUUAACUGUGUUAGUCUUCUAUCUUCCAUCUGAUUGUGGGGAGAAGGUCACCCUUUGCAUCUCAGUGCUACUUUCCUUGACUGUGUUCCUCCUGGUUAUCACUGAGACAAUACCAUCAACUUCUCUUGUAAUCCCACUUGUUGGGGAGUACCUGUUAUUCACCAUGAUAUUCGUAACCUUAUCUAUUGUGGUAACAGUAUUUGUGCUCAAUAUCCAUUAUCGGACCCCAACAACACACAAAAUGCCCAGGUGGGUAAGAGAUGUAUUUUUAAAAUGUUUACCUAAACUACUUAUGAUGAGAAAGACUAUGGAGAAGAAAGAUCGACCAUGCUCUAAAAGAACAAAGAAGAGAACAUAUGGCAAGACAGCUAAACUUGUAGACUCCCAAUGCAGAGAUUUAGAAGUAUUUGAAGAUGAAACAUGUUAUCAUUGCAUGAAAUCAAAGGAACAAAGUGCCAGGAGCAGGAGAAGACAGCACCAUGAAUCCCGUAAUGUAAUUCAGCAGUCUCCUGCAGAAAUGAGAGAUGUUGUUGAGAGCAUUCAGUUCAUGGCAGAAAACAUCAAAGAUCAUAAUGAGAGAAAAGAGGAAGAAGAUGACUGGAAGUACGUUGCUAUGGUCAUUGACAGAGUCUUUCUCUGGGUGUUCAUAAUCCUGUGUGUUCUAGGGACCACUGGGUUAUUUCUGCAGCCAAUGAUAGAUAGGAAGAAAACAUAG